AUGGAUUGUUUGUCAUAUCCCAAUGCUGAAAGCAUACAUUUUAAUUCUUCUGGAUUGCACUUCAGUCCAAAAAUGAGACAACAAUUUGUUUUUAAUGCUGAACUUUGCGGUAUUUGGCUUGGCGAUUUACCGUUUAAUCAACACCUUGAAGCCACUUCUUUGCCUGCUCACAUGAUUCGCAACACCUUGGUACCGCCACGUAUGUCUUCGGGCGCCCUUCGUUCUUACUCCAAUAACUUGACAAAGACGGCCCUUCCUCAGAAAACCUCUAAAAAAGGUGGCACUACUUUCAGUAUAGGUGCCAAACUUCUCUCAGUCGACGCUCUCCAAAAAUUAGAUUCUGUUGGCCUUCCAGACGACAGUGGCGUGCGCUUAAACUCAUCUUGUCGGCUUCAGCUAGAAGCUUGUCGAAUAUCAGGAUCCCUUACUUGCUCAAAUGGUUGUCUUGUAUUCUUUUCGAGGGAUGCAGACCUAAAAAUUCCAGCGUAUUUGGGUGGACCUGGUGAUUUGGAGCUCCUUAGUCCCUCAGCACCAAACUACUCAGUUGACUAUGGCUUCUCUAUCAAUUGCGAUCAAUUAAAUUCAGGGACAGUUUUUGAUCUAUCUUACUGGACAGUGGAAAAUGAUUCCAACUUUUCUUGCCAAUCGCUAUUUUCAUCUCAAUCAGGAUGCUUUUCUAGCGGCAGAAAGCUUUGGUCAAGCGUUCAUAGUCCCUCUAAUUUUCGUAAACGUGGGAUCAAACAGUUGUGGACAACACUGAUUUCCAAGAAAUCAAAAAAUAACCGUCAAUGCGCAGAUUUGGAGACUCCUAGUGUCCAAGCUCUUGUUGGUUGCGAUCAGCGAUCGACGUCCCAAAUGGAGACUCUGCGAUUGGAGUGGCCACUAACGACACUCCGUCAAUUCGCCUUUCACGGAUGUCUCUUCAAGAUGGAAACAGGUCGACGAGCUCCCCGUGGAGAGGGUCACUAUCUCUUUCGUAUCCCAAAUAUAACAAAGUUUAGGAAAAACCUCGAGGCCCACAUCGACCACCAGAAGCGUUCGAGGACCCUAAAGACGCGUUCGGCUGUUUGCUGUCCUUCGAAUGUCUUAUCAGCACCCCCUUCUGUGCCUCCUCCACCACCACCAUUAAUGACCAGCAAUCGUGCCUACGUCAAUAUCCCUCCUUUACUUCCUCCAGUACUGAAUCGUUCAUGGACAAACCUCCUCCAACCCACUACUGAGCUCACUGGACGAGGAAAGACUGAAGAAGGUAGCUAUGAUCGUAGAGAAGGCAGUUCGGAUUGUAUGACUGAACUGUCGCUACCAACGCCUCCACCACUAGCAUCUGCGCCUCCAAAGAUUCAGGAAAUCGUCCCAUAUACACCAAUGAAUGAUCCAGCGCCUUUGCAUCGGAUAGGUACUUACGAGAACGUACGGAGCCUUUUUCGAAGUCAAGAGACGAAAUCAUCAUCUUCACAUUCAGCAGUUAUGGUUCCGCAUUUCUUUGGAAGGGAAAUCGCAUCAUUAAUCACUUCUACGUUAAAUUACGCAAUGCUGGACUUUCAGCCACCCUCUGCCGCUGCUUCUGCUGCUGUUGGAGGUCAAAAUGUCCAUUCUGAUCCACCACGGCUCCAUUCCUCCUCUCUUUCCUCUCGCAGUUGUGAACGUCUGGCACGACAACCGUCCUCUCGACUGUCAAGGCGUCUGGCCAAGUCCAUGGAAGCUCAUCUGAACGCGGUGCGAGGAAGUGAAUUAGCGGACGGAACGAUGAACGGGGCUGGAAGCGGUGCUGGAGGCAAUUAUGUGGACAUUUGUCCCCUUCAGACUCUUGCAAUCAACGAACUACUAAGAAGUACUUUGUGA